AUAUGUCGAGCUCGCGAUGUUUUAGUUGCCGGUUACGGUUGCUUCUUAUAUCAUAUAAAGGCAACUCACUUUAGACUUUUAUCUUCAUAUAUAUUAAAUCACUUGACAGAUCCAAUUGUACACAAUAGUAGUAAACUUAACUUGUUUAUAUAAAUAUAGUAAAUAUUUAUUAUUUUUUAAAGUUAAAGUUUAGUUUACUCCAAAACAAAAUUUAUUCAUCAAUGAUUUACGUCUCUGUUUUGUGAUUUAGUUACGAGUUUUUGCGUCUGACAGGUCCAUUAUAUCUUUGGACUCUGUACAAAUUUACUCAGUGAUGUGAAUUUACAUACUUUUAAAUCAAGUUGACGUUUACGUCGAUGAAUGUUAUCACGAUCAAUGAUAAGAGGGAGCUCGAUAGCGAUACCGAGUCUAAUUGUCAACGUGUAAGACGCCUACUAUAAGUAGUAUAUAUUUCAUAUACAUAUAUAAAUAUAUACACAUCAGUUAAGACAAAACGACAAUGGCAAUUGCGAGGAUUAAGAGUUUUCUUGACAGCAGUCUAAAGAGCGUAACGACUCCGUUGGAUCGUACCACUAAUUUAGAACCUGAAAUAGGUCUAAGAAUCGUUAAUUCGCCGUAUGAUAAAACACUACGUGUUACUGUUAUCGGUGCGAGACAUUUGCCACAAAAUUUUGGAUUUACUCGAGUCAACAGUUAUGUUGUCAAGAUAAAAUUUUUUCCGGGUAAGGAAAAAUUUGAGACGACAUCAAAAAAUGAAUCUUGGCCACAGUGGAAUGAGGAGUUUACGUUUCACUUAAGAAAAGAAACUAAAAUAAAAUUUGGCAAAUCUAAAGUUACGGAAGAAAUUUUAGAUGGAUCGAAACUUAUAAUAGCGACGCUUUAUGCAAUACUUGAGGACAAACCGCUGAUAGCGACUGAUAAAAAGGAAGCGGAGAAAGAAAAUAAUUCAAAGGAAAGUGGUAAAGAUAGUGGCAAGAAAGAUGGAAAGAAAAAGGAAGGAGCUACGACGUCUGGAUCACAAGAGUCGAAAUCCAAUAAAUUGUUGGGUCAGUUCUUUGGCAAAAGUACGGAGAAGGAAAAAGAAACGGUCAUUGAAAAAAAAAGUAUUGAUAAAAGACGAACUGUUGGAGCGACUACGAUUUCAUUAGACAGUAAGAAUUUUGUUACUAAACCACCCAAGUCUAAACAUUCGGACGAUGUUUCGACUGGUGAUAUUUGGAAACCACUUAGACCGAUUGCCAGUGGGAUCUCUGGUGCUGAAGAUAGACGGGAGUGUAAAAAAGGCCAAGUAGAAAUGAUUCUAGUACAAGAAAAAAGUGAUAAGAAAGAUGUAAGUGAAGGUCGGCUGAUAUUAAGCUUAUCUCGUUUGAGAUGUUCACUUCAAACAAUGCAUGAGCAGGAGACACUUAAAGGUCAAUUGUAUAUAAAAAUGUCAGUGGUUGAUAAUGGAAGAGUUACGCAUUUUUGGAAAAGUGAUCGAUUUAAUCCAAGUGUAUCAAUGAAGUUUGCCCAAGACCAAGCGCAAGUUGUUGCUGAAAAUCCUUAUGAAGGUGCGCUGAAAGAUGUCAGUUUUGUCGUUAAAUUUGUUUCCAAAAAUAAAAUGGGUAAAAAAACUACAAUCGGACACUUUGUCAUUGGUCCGGAUGUCGGUGGAACAUAUAGCGAACAAUGGAAACAAGCAAUGGCCAAACCAGGACAAGCUGUUACUAAAUGGCAAGCGUUUGAAUGAAUCUACUUAGAGUUUGAAUUGAAAUUGUAAAUUCUUUUUUUUAUUGUACCGUUUAUCGAAUGGGUAU